AUGGACGCUUCCAGUAAAACACCGGUGAAAUGUACAGAGGGGCUGAAAGAAGACUUGAAGGCGGGGGAAGCGGCUUCUUCUGCGCGGGGCUCCGGCGGAGGCUGCGGCUCCUGCCUGAGGAGGAUGAUGAGCUACAUCCCGCCGGAGUACUGGAAUGAACUCGUACAACUUUUCAAACUAGCGGGACCAGUGAUCAUUUCCCAGUUGAUGAUCUUUUUGAUCAGUAUCAUCAGCACUGUGUUCUGUGGUCACCUGGGAAAAAGUGAACUUGCUGGAGUAUCAUUAUCAAUUGCGGUGGUUAAUGUGACUGGUGUUUCCAUUGGCACUGGACUGUCAUUAACCUGCGAUACCCUCAUAUCUCAGACAUAUGGGAGCGGUAACAUGAAGCGUGUGGGUGUGAUUCUCCAGAGGGGGAUUCUGAUUCUGCUGCUGGCCUGUUUCCCCUGCUGGGCCGUCCUCAUCAACACUGAACCCCUCCUGCUCGCCGUCAGACAGAGCCCUGAGGUCGCCAGUCUCAGUCAGCUAUACGUGAAGAUCUUCAUGCCUGCUCUGCCGGCUGCCUUUCUGUACCAGCUACAAGGGAGGUAUCUUCAAAAUCAGGGAAUCAUAUGGCCUCAAGUUAUAACCGGUGCAAUUGGAAAUGUCUGCAAUGCACUCAUCAACUACAUCUUCCUGUUUCGUCUGAAUAUGGGCGUUGCUGGUUCUGCGGCAGCCAAUGCUAUCUCACAGUACUUGCUGGCUGUGGUCCUGUACGUUUACAUCUGCUGGAGGGGUCUGCACAAAGCUACGUGGGGAGGCUGGUCAAUGGACUGUCUGCAGGAGUGGGGACCCUUCAUCAAGCUGGCCAUCCCCAGUAUGCUCAUGCUUUGUCUGGAGUGGUGGUUGUUUGAGGUGGGAGGAUUCCUGGCUGGAGUGAUUAGUGAGGCUGAGCUGGGAGCUCAGUCUAUAGCGUAUGAGCUGUCGGUUGUUGCUUACAUGUUCCCUCUUGGACUAUCUGCUGCUGCCAGUGUACGGGUUGGGAAUGCUCUUGGUGCUGGAAAUAUAGAGCAGGCCAAGCUAUCUUGCAAAGUCCCUGUGAUUUGUGCAUUCAUCAUCGCAUGUUUUGUUGGAGGCAGUAUCGGCUUCGCCAGACAUGUGAUUGGAUACAUUUUCACCUCAGAGCAAGACAUUAUUCAGAGGGUUGCUGAGGUCACCUUCGUAUUUUGUUUCACGCAUCUUUUUGAUGCCAUUGCGGGUGUGGCUGGAGGUGUUCUUAGAGGAGCUGGAAAACAGAUGAUUGGUGCUCUGUGUAACCUGGUGGGAUACUACAUCAUUGGCUUUCCUAUUGGUGUGUCCCUAAUGUUUGUAGCAAAUAUGGGCAUUGUAGGACUGUGGACAGGACUUACCGUCUGUGUGUUGAUGCAGUCCGCUUUCUUUGUUGCAUAUCUGUGGAAACUCAAUUGGAAGCAGGCUGCUGAGGAGGCUCUUGUGAGAGCAGGGGUCCAGGUCAAAGAAGAAAAAGAGAUGGACAGAAUGGAUAGUACAGACUCUAAUCAGAACCAGGCUGAGGAGGAUCACACAUACCAAGAGGUGCGUAUUCCAGACCAGAAUAAAUCCACUACAACGACAGUGGGGGAUACUCUGUCAGUUACACAGCUUGUUUUACGGCGUGGCCUUGCGGUGCUGGUCAUGGUCGUCAUCCUCAUCGCUGGAAUCCUAGCCAGCAACUUCUUCACCAGUCUGCUGAAAUGA